AAAAUUCCUUCGAACGUCUGCCGGACAAACAAGAACACGGCUCGAACUUAUCGUCUUUUAAAUUUCGAGUCCUUUGCAAAGCAACCCUAUCUUGAAGAUAUAUAGACACUUCUCUGCCAGACCAGUCCAGUUUAGUCCAGCUCAGUCCAGCUCAGUCCAGCCUCUUUGUCUUUCGACCAAACGACUCUUGAAGAUACCUGUAUAUAAUAUAUAAUAUAUACAUCUCAUUGUAACAUAUUUAUCAUACUUUUACAUACAUACUUAUAUAUAUAUAUAAGUACAUACAUUUCCCAAGAUUUUAUAAAAUAUUAUAAUCAAAAAGUCUCUUUUAUAUAUAUAUAUAUUAUAUUAUACAUAUAUAUUAUAUUAUUUCUUCAUGGAUCCCAGUGCUUGCCCCCAGCCUCAAGACAAUUACUCGGCCGGUACACCUGCGCAAGAGGACUGCAGUACCCUGUCACCGACUUUGGCCGAUAUCCUGAGUGAUGACCGUAUUCUGCGGUUCUACCAGUGCGUCAAGGACAUCAAGACCCAGCGGUCACCCAAGCAAACCGCAGCCAUGUUCUUUGCACUCUGCCAUGCUCUUGGUGACACAGUCUCGUUCCUCAAGGUGCCCAACAUGUCCAAAAUCAUAUUCCGCCAGGAGCAGCAGAUCUUUGCCGUCAAUGUGGCCGGGACGCAGCACGACGCCGUCCAGCUCUUCCACAACACCGGAGAAUUGCCGGCCCUAGACCCUCUCAAGAUGGACAAUGGACCGAUACUGCACCCCGUCGAGCACCAGAACCUCUUUGCCGCCCCAGACACGACCAAGCGAGCCAAGAAAGCCAGCCCUCGCGACAAGGAGUACGCCGUGCGCCGCAACGAACUUAUCCAGGACCUCCUCAAGGUACCAGAGGCAGACUUGCUCCACCAGGCCAACAUUGUGGACGACGACAUCAAACUUGUGAUCCAGGGCCACGAACGGAGCACGAAGUUUGGAGUGCUGCCACCUCUGCACCGCUUUGCCACGUUUGCCAACCUGCCGGCCCACUACGACUGUGACUUUGCGCCCAAGAACGCGGGCGUAUAUUUCAACUUUGAGUAUUUCCAGCUCUACCUUGCCUACCGCGACCUUGAGCUGGAGCGGCAGCAGCAGCAGCAGCAGCAACACCAGCAGCACAUCGACACCAGCGACCACCGGCCGGUUCUGGUCCAGUGUCGGGCUGACAUUGAAAAGGUGCUCGUGAACACCAACUGGGAGGCCAUCCGGCGCCGUCUGACGAUUGGUGAGCGCAUCUGCCAGGUGUGCGGCGCCUUUGGCCGUGGAUUUCUCCUGCUUUCCAAGCAAGUCUCGGGUCGAAAGCUGCUCCAUAACUUUAAUACGGGCGAGUGGAGUGAGUUCAUGCGCGAGUUCCAACAUCCCGAGAGCCAGGCUCUGCUCCAGACCCUCCAGGCAAAGUACUCGCCCGAGCGGUUCUAUGGCACUCGUCCAGUCCAGGCACUUCAUGAUGUCCACUCGGUCAUAGCCUCGGCCAACUCUUCUUCGUCUGGUGCUUCGUCUUCUGGUGCUCCUAUUCCUGCCUCACCUUCAGCGUCUUCUGGUGCUAUUGUUGUUGUCGGUCCAUCUUCAUCUUCAUCUUCUUCUUCUGGUCCCGGAUCUGGAUCUGGACCUGGAUCUGGACCUGGACCUAGUUCUACUUCUACUUCUUCAAACGUCAACCACAACCAUAACCAUAACCAUAACCACAACAAUAAUCAUAAUCAUAAUCAUAGCCACAAUCAUAACAGUAACAAUACUGGUGCUAAUACACCUGUUGGUACAAGUACUGCUUCAAGUGCUAAUCCUAACCCUAACAACAAUGUCAGCAAUCCUUCUCCCAUAUCUACCACAAUACCUUCUUCUGGACCUGAGAUUGCUAGAGUGGCCACGCCCCUUUCUACUCCUGUAGAACCAUCUACCGAAACCCAGUAAACUGAUUAUCUUUUAUUAUCUCACUCUCUUUUUUUUUCUUUUCUUUGUUUAUUCUUCCAACCCCCCUCUUUUAUAUUUAUUUAUUUUUAUAAUGUUUUAAAUCAAGCCAAAUAAAAACGGACAAUCAAUACAAAA